UUGACUAAUCUCAAAAUCCCAUUACUAGACAAAAAACAACAAUGAUAAAUGACUUUGAAAAUGAUGUAUGUUUCCCUCACAUUACCAACAGUUAACAACCCACCACCACUGACAUUUCACAGACAGAGAUAGAAAUCAAGAUUCAAUCUGAUUUCCAUUCCAAUUUCCAAUCCAUUCACAACCCAUAUUUCUCUUUCUCUCUCUCAUGGGCACAGAAAAUUACAGGAAGAGUGGGCAGAUUCCGGCGUUUGGCGACUGGGAGAAUGCGAGUGAGAUGCCGAUAACGCAGUAUUUCGAGUGCGCGAGGCAGGCGGGGCUGCUCCGCUGCAGCUGCUCCGCCGAAUGCGGCGGCGCUUACGGUGCUAACGCCGCGUAUUGGGGCGGCGGCGGCGGUGUUAAUGCUUAUGGGGUUGGUUAUGAGAAGCCUUUGCCUUUGCCUCGCCGAGUUUAUGCCGAUCCUGAGCGCAAGACAAGAGGAGUGAACAAGGGGUAUCCACAUUCAAAUGAGCAAAUGAAGAAAGUUAAGGUUCGUGACUUGAUGAAUCAACCAAGAUUAAAUCAAGCAGUUCCGCACAAACACUAUCCAAAACAGAAACAGAGUAAUACUACUAAAUCCGGAAACCUUGUACAACAUAGAUCCUCGGUUUCUGCUAAACCCGUGGAUGAGGAUCUAUACAAGAUUCCACCCGAGCUACUCGAAAAUUCUAAAAGAAAAAAAAUGCUGGGAUUCUUCUCCAAAUGCAUGGUUCCUCCAUGUGCUGCAUGAGCCAAGCUUGAGUAGUUUGCAUAGAAUGAUUGAAGCUAUUUUACCGUUGUAAGAUUAUGAAAAGAAUUUACAAUCAAUUUUUCAUCUUCAUUGAUUUUCCCUCCCACGAAUUUAGCUAAAUCGUAGCAAAGAUUAAUAGCUUGGGCCAAUGUAUGUAAACAAGCCUUUCUAGCUAUUUUUGUUUACGCA